UCCCCCAACUAAAGCACUUCACAAUGGCCACCACCACCUCUUCCUUCACUCCCUUCUGUACUCAUACCCAACUCCUCUCAUUCUUGGCUACACUUCUCCUUCUCACCAGCCCCACCCCCUCCUGCUCCUUCACCCUUGAAUUAAAGGUCUCUGGCAUCUCGGCGGCACCGGCUUUGCUUCCUAUUGAGCCUACAAUUUCCUCCAUUCCACCCACAUUGGCCCCUGACAUGAUGCCUUUGUUCCCCUCACCAGGAGGCAGUGCUGGGGCGGCACCGGCCGGCACAUUGCCGACAAUUCCCUCAAGCCCGAGCCCGCCGAACCCUGAUGAAUUGGAGCCCAAUUCAGCGAUCACUCCGUCUGGGUCGGCGGCUGCAUCAUCGGCGGCAAGUUCUAGUUCUCUGAGGAAUUUGGGUGGGAUGAGUAUGGUUUUGGUCUGUGGAUUGGUGCUCAUGUGGUGGUUAGAGCUUGUGGACUAGUGAUGCAGUGCAAGUGGGCUUGGUUGGUAUGUUUGUGAUUAUUUUUUAUUUAUUUGUGCUUAUCUUCUCAUACUUGUGGGCUGGGUGUCUAAAUAUAUUAGAGGAAGUUGUAUUUUAUCUCAUAGGUCAUAUAGUUAAUGGAAAUAAAGGUUGUGGAGUAAGGUCUCAUCAUGACAUUAUGAUGUUUUCCCCUUUUCUCAAAAGCAGCUUUUAUCAUUGGUU